AUGUCUUCUUCGGCCCUCAUGCCAGCACGUCAUGAUGCCGAAGCCCGCCCACGCAACCGGCGCCUCAUCAGCACUGUAGAGGAUUCCUCCAACGCCGGAGGACCCUUGGAUAAGCUGUCGGCUUCCUUCUCUGCCUUGCGUUCACCAAGCCGUGAGCCAAGCCCCAUGCCUUCCAGCCACUUAUCCCGCGAUGCCUCAAAGUCCGGUGGUCGAAGUGCAUCCUCCGCCGCCCGUCGAAACAACACCGCACCAAACUCGGCUAGUUUCCUUGAUACCACAUGGUCGCAAGGCUGGGCUUCUAUCCAAGGGCUUGCUUCGUCCAUCUUGUCUGGCGGAAGUGUCCACGAUGCGGGCUACGAGUCAGAUCACAGGGAAGGGAGACGGACGAACAUCAACCCUUUGAAAAGAGACUACUCUACCCCGCCACGAAAGGCCCCCAAAGACUGGGGUCCAGCGCCGCCCCCCAAUAGUAGGCCUGCGCAGAGAGAUAUUGCGGCGGGCUCUCUCGCAGAAAGAGAUGCUGCUCUCAAGGCGGCCCGGACAGCGAGUGUUUUGGAAAGCCACGAUGGAGUUAACGGAGGCCUUGAUGUCUCGGGCAAGUAUAAGAAGAGAAACUCGGACGAAAUCGCCAGGGACGCACCACAGGAAGAAGAGGUCCAAGAUCAACUGGUGUAUAUUCACCAUGUGCAACCAACUGACACCUAUGCCGGCAUAGUGCUCAAGUACAGGUGCCGCGAAGAUGCAUUCAGAAAGGCAAACGGUCUGUGGUCUAGAGACAUACUGCAGACCUCGGCACAACCACAACAAGUCGACUUCUUCAGUCUGCCUACUCAAAACGGCUCGUCGUCUCGACUAUCCAACAACGAAGACCAGGAAGAGCCUCCUUGGUCUCACGUUCGAUGGGUUACACUGGAUUCUGUUCCAAAACCAGUUGAGAUCGCCCGCGUGUCGAGCAAAACUAUUGGGUACUUCCCUCCACGACGGAAGAAGAGCCUCCGAAGCACCUCAAGCAUAUCGACGCCGAGACACUCUCUCGAUGCCGCGGCUAUAACAGCUGGACUCACAGAGAGUCCUGAGCAAGUCGGUAGGCCAUCAUCGCGACGCCAGAGCAACUUGAGCAGUCGGCCAAACCUACCCGGCACUCCAGGGCGAUCGACUCCGGCAUCAUCAAGAAGCAGAAUGGGUAGCGAUGCGGGUGAUACCCGGCCAGCAUGGAUGAGGAGGCCCGGAGGUGUAGGCUCUUUAGGGCGAAGUGUACGAGCACCUGGCCCGGAGAAAGAUUAUCUGAACUCUUGGGCGAAGAAGCACCUCCCUGGAAUUGCCAUCGACGAGUCUCUGCCAUCGAUUUCCGUCAUGGGAUCCGAGACUGCAAACUUUGGAUUUCGACCGGGUUCCAGCAGCGGCAUUGUGGAAAGUCCUUUUGAUGAGGGACAGGAUCUGUCGGCGACAUCCCGACAAGGCUCUGGCUUAGACCGCGCAGCAGCAUCAGUGGAGACAUGGCUUCGAGGCGCGUUUGCAAAGUCUCCGGGCACGCCUACCUUGGGAUCCCGAAGCCGUCAGCCAGAUGAUCUGGACCUCAUCGAGUUGACCGAUACAAACAGUGAUGAUGGAAGGCUGCCCAUGCCAGCAAGCAGCGGCGGAGUGACCAGCACAGGCUUGCUUGACGCUGCGCCCAUGACGAUUGGCUCUAGUGGGAGGAGUGAUGGAGAGGGGUCCGUCUUGAGACGCGGUUUGAGCAACACUGAAGCAGCAGCAAAGGGCAAAAAGUCGGACUGA